UUUUGAUCAGGCAGAUUCUUGAGCAUCAUCAAUAUCUGGUUGGCCGAAACAUACGGCGCUGAGGAGUCAAGUGAAGAUCAUAGUGGCUGUGCCAAGUAACCAACAAUCACAGCUGUGCCGCAUUCUAAGAGAUAAAACCCCUUUGGCCUUUCAAGCUUGCAGAAAGCGCCUAGGCAAUCUAUGGUAUUUUAUUGAUCCCAUAUGUUAACUAUAAGGAUACCAUGGCUUUGAACAAGAUUGAAAUUCCGAUCCCCCGCCUUCGCCCCUGGACGGGCGGCAGUGCCCUCUUUAUUACACUCGUCGUCGCGGUUUUGCUUUAUGCAAAUAUCUUGUCUCAACAUGUCUACUUGAUAGAGUGGAUGAGAGAACACGACCUCAGAUGGUCAGGCGGAUUUCAUAUCUGGUUCGGAAAGGAACGCCUCCAAACACCUUGGCUACCUACUCUCUUGUAUCGAGGCCCUCAUCAUCAGCUCGCUAUCGCAGCGUCUAUAGUGAAUAUUAUUGUCAGCUUUCUAGUAAUGGGCCUCUUCGUUACCAGCGUUUACGUCAAGAAGAACUUUCGGCAGCACUGGCUUCUCCUUGCUCUCUUUAUCCCAGCUAUCACUCUUACUACUACGGCACUCCUCUAUAACUUUAUCGAGCAUGGGAUUACCGGCCGUCUGGAUACGUACAGCUUAUACGUAGCAGCGUCUCCUACAUCAUACUCCCCGUACGGUCGCAACUGGAUGGACUUUGAAAGUUGGAGUUGUGGUCUAACCCAACUAUCUAUGGAUGGGGGACCGCAUUCAGAUAGGUCUAUCUGGGUGGAUAACUGUCACCGGUCGCAGCUCGGUAGAUGGCUUCUUUUAGCUUUAUGGUUUGUCCUCUGUGCUACCAUCUUCAUUUCUUGGUUCGCAUUCCGUGGACUUCCCGGCUGGAGAGGAAAAUCGGAUGACGAAGAUGAAGUCGAAGGCGGAGAAGGGAGACUUAGGCUGUAGAAGCCUGCUCCGUAUUAGCAUAACGAUUUGAUAACGAUUUGUUGCUUGAGUAGAUAACUAAGAACAGCCACGAGGAGGAAGACUUCUUCAGUAGUUAGCUAUACUUGUUUGAUCUCUUUUCUCUCCUUGUAGCUCUGAAUUUGGCCUAUCCUUUCUGGAAGCAUGUUGGUCGUCUUUUUUUAUUACGGAUCUAAGCUAGCUUCUGGUAAAUAUCAUGUUAUUAAUGGUAUUUACUUAAAUUCUCUUUAAUUAUCCACCAUCAAGACUGCUCUUCACGAAUAUUGGUUCUAGAAUAAUAACUAAGGUACCUAAUCUACUCGGUUACUCUUCUCGGCGAGAGAUCUUUCGUAUCUAG